CUGGAAUCAUAAACCCCCCACCCAGAUGAAGAGGUCUUACAAUCCACAAUGAGGGGUGCUAUUCAUCAAUAGAUUUCAGACGUAUUUACAACUUUUUGGCAAGUACACUCAACACACAGUGGGCAGAUAGCAGUUGUUGUUUAGGAGGGCACCCCAUAGAACUAAUUUGCCACCCGCCGCGCGAUCUUUUGUGGAUGUUGAUUUCGACCGCGAGCCAGUUGAGUGUGGUCCUGAAAACAGCCAUUUUGGGUUCAAGCUGACGGAGAGUUUGUGGACCGCAAGACGUCUUCCACCGCAUCCAUGGCCAAACCAUCCUCCUAUGCACCUCUGACCACAGAGCUGAGCUCUGACGGCUCAGGUCAAAGCUGGUCAACGGGUCAAGAGGUGGACAAGGAUUGGGACAACUACCUCCAUGGCUUCAAGGCACAGUGGUUUUGGUUGGUGGUACUUUACUGUACUCCUCCCGGGCUGAUCUUCGGCUAUAGCAUUGUGAUGUCAGCAUGGUAUGGGUCAUGGUGGAAUACCAGCGGUAACGAGCCGUAUGAGCCGCGGCCAGCCGACAUUGGGACAUUGUAUAACCCUGUUUUCAACUCUUUGCCGGUCAUUCUGAAGUCACAUAUGACUUUUGCAGUGCCCAUGCUGGGCGGGAUUUUGCUGCAAGUCGCUUUGGCUUACUUUGGCGUGAUCAAGAGCAAUGUCAGUGCCAUGAAGGGGCAUACGCGUUUCGGUUCGGUUCUACUCGUGAUCAUCCUUGCUUGCGUUGGACUUGGAACGUUGUCCCUGUGGUUCUGUGAUGUGCAGAACAAACGGGGAGCAGAGACCAUGUUCUUUGUGAUGAUUGGAUUCGGUAUCAUGGCUUCAGGUGUUCGUGGUAUUGCCUUUGCAUCCCAAGGCCUUCACGGUUUGCACAUGCAGUACAUGACCUUCACCGUUUGCUUGAUCUUCACACCAGGCUUCAAUCGGAUCACGACAGUGUUGGUGAGGCACCUCUAUGCCUACCAAGAGGACUACAGCCAGCAGUGUUUCAUUGCGUCAACAUGGUCUCCCAUUGGCUAUUAUUGGACAUGGUCCUUUCUCCUGGGCUUGAGCUACAUGGCUCUUCUGUGGCUGUGUCCCUGGAGUCCGGCCAAGGUGCCUUUCUUCAAGGUCUAUAGCUUUGGCUUCUUCUACGCCCUGCUGAUGGGCGCCAUCAUGUUGGCCUGCCUCUUCCAGGCCUUGUUCCUUUGGUGGCCUGAGGUCAUGGACAAGCUCUACCACGGCCUGGAUUGCUCGGAGCAGCGGCUGAACGCCUGGCGCCACUUCGCGGCGACGCUGCGCAACACCAGCCUGUUUGACCAGUCGCAUGCGGGUGGGCUUUGCACGGCCUCGAAGCCCUAUGACUCCGUGAGCCUCUUUGGUGGACGAUUCCGUCAGCCCUAGGAGGGUCGACCCCAGGGGCAUGCACAGGUGCAUUGGAAGCGUGCACUUUACGGCACCAAAGCUGUACAGACGAUCUUGUGUAAAGAACUGGUGGGUUUUGUUCAAAAGCUCUCUGGCUUUUGAUGUCAAGAGUGAAGAAGCCCUCACACAUUUCAUGUAAAGUUGGACGCAAACGGAGAUUGCCGUUUUUUCGAAGUCCUAAGUGAACACACCGAAGUGAAAA